GUUGUGAAAUGAAAAUGAAGUGCCCCGGACUACCAUGACGCAUCAAAAUCACCAAACAAACGGUGCAAGUCUUGAGGAUUGCCACACAAACUUUUUCGCCUUGACUGAGCUCUAUGGCAUAAAAUGGCGUAAGCUGGUAUGGGGCGAGACAAGUGGUGGCGGGGACGGGGAGGAAGGCACCGCUCCCCUAGCGGACCCUGUGAUCAGCAGUUAUGCCCGCUGCCUGGCUGGGGACAUCCUGUGCGUAUGGCGCAGAGUGCCCUCACCCCAGCCCACGGAUAUCUAUGACAUGAGCACCCCCGCCCCGCCACCCCUGUCCCUAAGAGCCGCCAAAGAACUGUGGAUCUUCUGGUACGGUGAAGAACCGGACCUAAAUGGAUUGGUAGCACCGGAGUUGAUCGCUAGCCAAGGCGACCAAGGAUCAUGGGAGAGUGGCCUGUCCUACGAAUGCCGCUCAUUGCUAUUCAAGGCACUGCAUAACCUCAUCGAAAGAUGCCUGUUGUCGCGGGACUUCGUGAGGCUCGGCAAGUGGUUUGUUCAGCCCUACGAUGGCGACGAAGAAGACGUCGGAAAAAGUCCAUGGCACCUGUCGUUCUCGUUCGCGUUUUUCCUGCACGGCGAGAGCACGGUGUGUGCUUCAGUAGAUGUCCGGCAACACCCACCGGUGCGCACGCUGACGGCCAAGCGGCGCGCGAAAUUGCAGCGGCACGCUGCUUCUACCUCGCCCGAUCAUAACAACGAUGCUAAAGUGAUCCUUGCGCCAUUCGGACUGGAAGGCACGAUUACAGGUCGGGAGUGGAGCGAUAGUGACACGGAGACCUCACGGCUACUGGACGCGUGGAGGCAAUUGUACCCAUUGGAACAGGGCUGCGGCGCUGUUGAGGUGGCGUGCGGCGGCGUACGCAUGCGCUACCCGGUGCCGUACGUGCUGGUGACGGAGAUGUGCGCGCGCGCGCAAGGCAGCGGCGACGCGUUGGCGCACCAGGCUUUGCAGGCGCUGACCACGCCCAGCCCGCACCAGCCAGCGGAGAUCUGCUUCAGCGAGUCGGGAGGCGGCGAUCGCGAGGAUUUCCUCGACCCGACCCGAAAGACCAACUGCACCUGCGCGAAGUGGCGGCGGCGGCGCGUGGUGCGCAUGUCGCGGCCGCAGCCCUUCCACCGGCGCCGCGCGCGCGCCGCUCAGCCCGCGCACGCGCACAAGCCGCACAAGGCCAACGCCCAUGCGGGUGGCGGCGCCUGCUCGCCGGGCAGCUGCGGCGGCGCCUCUCCGGCCGCGGCCGUGUCCGCACCUUCCUCCGCCGGGGCCCCACCGCCUUCGCCACAUCACACCGCCACCACGCAUCAUCAGUCGACAGGCGUGGCAGGCGGCGCCCUCGGCCUGCACACGCCGGCGCCGACGCCCGAUCCGCACGCGCCGCCGACUCCCGCGCCACCGCCAAACCCUCCCAAACCAUACAACCAGAACGACUCCCCACCGAGCGGCGCGCCGGCCGUAACCAACCAGGCAGAGCCGGUUCCCUUUGAGCUGGCGAAGCGACCGUCACUGCCGCUCGCAGAACGGCGCAUGGACCCGCUUGAGGACGAACACUCGUUACACAUGUUGUAUGACUAUACCACCGUGCACGCUUGGCUGGAACAUCCUGUAAAGCGAUUCAAGAGUGAAGAGACCUGUUUCCGUGAGGAGUUAGCUCUCGGCACGCGCACGACUGAAGACCUGUACGCCGGCCAUGAGCAUACUAAGAUGGCUGCCAUGCCCGACCCGCUGCUCGAUAUCAAGCAGGAGAAGCAUGAGCCACAUGAGGAUACGAAAGAAUACAAGAAUCUUUUCACGUCUGACGGGCUCUGCCCCACAUUGAAAGACCUAGACCAGAUAUUCGACAACUCUGACGAUGCGGCCAGUGGCGAUGAGACGCUGCAAGUGCAGACGCCGCCGGACUCGAACAAAUCGAUGGAGGACUCGCGCUGCGUGGGCCGCUGCGUGCGCCCGGAGGAGCUGAGCAAGAUGUUCCCUACGCCGCCCAGUCUGGAGGCGCACGCGCAGCCUUCGCCCGGCUUCUCGCUGCCCGACGACGCGCCCGCGCACCUCACGCACCACACGCACCUCACCCACGCGUCGCACGCCGCGCACCGGCUGCUGCCGGGCUCGCCGCCGCCCGACGCCAUCGAGGAUUGGUCCUACGUGUUCAAACCGCCAACUAUGUACAAGUAUGUGGGCUCAUCGAAGUAUGCGCCCCUGACCAACUUGCCCAGCCAAUUGCUACCGCCUGUCAACUUGCCACCCAACGCCGUCUAUAGGCCGCGGUGGCAGCAAGACACCAAACAGGAGACCACCAGCGAGCCGGAGCAGGAGACCCAGCGCACGCCGGCCGGUGUGAAGCGGUCCUCAUCGCCAGCGGUGGCUACUGAAAAUCGCUCUGCUGAGGCGGCGCCGGCGGCGGAGACGCCGUUGGCGGCAUCGGCGUCCGCGGGCAGCGCGUCGGUGGCAGCGUCGCCGGCGUCAGCCGAAUCGCCUUGCGCCGUGCGCGCCGCUUGCCCGCUUCUCAUCAACGUGCUUUUGGCAGACACUGUGCUCAACGUCUUCCGCGAUCACAAUUUCGACAGCUGCACACUAUGCGUCUGCAACGCGGGGCCCAAGGUGGUUGGCAACAUCCGCGGCGCGGACGCGGCCACGUACCUGAGCGGCGGCGGCGAGGAUUCGCCCCCCGCGUCGCCUCUGCCCGACGACGAGCCCUCGCGCUGCACCUGCGGCUUCAGCGCCAUCGUCAACCGCCGCCUCGCGCACCGCGCCGGCCUGUUCUACGAGGACGAGAUGGAGAUCACGGGCCUGGCGGAGGAGCCGUGCGUGCGCGUCCGCAGCGGCGCGGGGCUGGGCGACGUGGCCUGCGUGGUGCUGGCGCAGGCGGGGCUCGGCGGCGGCGCGGCCGAGGCGCUGGCGCGGGCCGCGCACGCGCACGCCUCCGAGCGGCCGCCCGACGAGCUGCGGCUCAACUUGCUCGAGUACUCGGACGGCGGCGCGGCGGCGGCGCGGGCGCUGCGGGCGGCGGCGGGCGCGGCCAGCGCGGGCGCCGUGCACCGCUGGCCCUUCAUCGGCGCGCGCGCGCCGCGCUCGUCGCGCGACGUGGUGCGGCUGAUGCGGCGCCUGCGGCCGCUGCUGCAGGACGCCAUCCAGAAGCGCUGCUGCGGCGCGCGCAUGUGGGACGGCGUCACCGGCCCGCUCACCUGGCGCCAGUUCCACCGGCUGGCCGGGCGCGGCAACGAGGACCUGUGCGAGCCGCAGCCCGUGCCGCCGCUGCUGGUGGGCCACGACCGCGACUGGAUCUCGCUGUCGCCGUACGCGCUGCGCCACUGGGAGCGGCUGGCGCUCGAGCCGUACUCGUACGCGCGCGACGUGGUGUACGUGGUGCUGGCGGCCGACGGCGACGCGCUCACCGACCCGCUGCGCGCCUUCUUCCGCGAGCUGUCGGCCGCGUACGAGGCCUGCCGCCUGGGCCGGCACCAGCCCGCGGCGCGCCUGGCGCGCGACGGCAUCUACCGCGCCGCGCCCGCCGACGCCGCGCCCGCCGCCGAGGACUGGACCGGCGAGCUGCCGCCCGGCCGCCUCGGCGACUACGUGCGCGCCUACGCCGACGCGCUGCGCACCACCAUCGUGCCGGUGCUGUCGGCGCUGGCCGUGGACCGCUCGCUGUUCGAGCCGGAGCGCGGCGGCGCCGAGCGGCCGGCGCCCUCGCCCAUGCGGCCGCCCAGCGCGCCCGACCUCCCGCCCGCGCCCCCCGCGCCCGACGAGGACGCGGCCGCGGCGCAGACGCCGUGGGAGGACGACGAGAGCGGCGCGCCCGCGCUCGUGCUGUACCUGGUGGAGCCCCCCGCGGCGCACGCGCACCGGGCGCACGCGCUGCGCGCGCUGCUCCGGCUCGCCGCCGCCGCGCACCGCCACCUGCACCACCACAGCCCGCUCGUCAAGAUCAUCUCCUUGGAGGGCUUGUGCGAGUCGUGGGGCCACGGCGCGGCGAACGGCGCCGUGUCCCUCGCGGGCGCCGCCGGCGCGGGCGGACCCCUCCGCGCGCUGGCCUUCAGCGUCUUCUCGGGCUCGCGCCGCCUGCUGCUGCACGCGCCCAACGGCAAGUCGCUCACCGGCUUCGGCACUGCCGCCAACGCCAACCUCUUCAUCAACAACAAAGACGAGAAGAAUCGCGCCCCCUACCGACUGUUCACGCCGGCGUGGGUGCUGGCGCCGCCGCGCGCUUUGAAGGAUGUGGCCGAGUCGUGGGGCGCGGCGGGCGAGCAGAGUGCCGUGCUCUUCCUGUCGUACUGCCUGUCGCACGACCAGCGCUGGCUGCUGGCCGCCGCCACCGACGCGCGCGGAGAGCUGCUCGACACUGCCACCAUCAACAUACAUGUGCCCGCCAGAUCACGACGACGGCGGUCUGCGCCCGCGCGGCGACUGGGACUGACGAAACUGAUGGAUUUCACGCUGGGCGUGAUGAGCCAGGCGGCGCAGCCCUGGAGGCUCGUCGUCGGCCGCGUCGGACGCAUCGGACACGGCGAGCUCAAAGGCUGGAGUUGGCUAUUAUCAAGGAAAAACCUAACGCGAGCUUCAACUGUACUACGAGAAAUAUGCCAAAGCUGUUCAGUUCUUUAUCCGUCGAGCGUACCUUGCAUCCUGUCUGCGUGUUUGGUGUCCACCGAGCCGGACUCGUGUCUCAGACUGAUGGCGGACCGUUUCACGCCCGACGAAAGAUUCUCGCAGGCGUCGAUCCAGUCCCACCUGCAUACCCCGCGCGAUGUCACUGCUACGCAUAUUCUUGUGUUCCCCACUUCGGCUACCACACAGUCGAAUCAAAUGCCAUUCGAACCACCGAUGGCGAACGGCGAAGACAACGACAUGAACAUGUUCCUCGGCGUGGACAUGGUGGACGAAGACAUGGGGGAGGACAACAUGACGGAUUUAAUUCUGGGCGACAUGUUCGGCGAAGGAAACAUGUGGGUGCAAGGCUCGCCGGGCCGCAGGCAGGACGACGAAGUCAGCAGAGACGGCUCGCCGCAGCGGCAACAGCACGUUGGUCAGAAUAGCAACCAUGGAAAUGAUAGUACUGCUGAGCAAGUGGGCACAGUCCUUCAGCAGCCCCUGGCGCUAGGCUACAUGGUGUCGACGGCGCCGCUGGGCUCCAUGCCGGCCUGGUGGUGGGCCGGCUGCACGCACCUCCGCGACGCCUGCCCGGCCUUCCUCAAGAACGCUCUGCACCUGCAUGCGGGCUCGCUGCAGGCGGCCGACGACUUCACCUCGCUCACGCAGCGCAGGGACCACAACACGCAUCCGUUGGACUCUACGACUACUACUGAUGUUUUGAGGUAUGUACUAGAAGGGUACAACGCGUUGUCAUGGCUGGCGCUCGACGGCAGCACACACGACCGCCUCUCCUGCCUGCCGCUGCACGUGCAAGUGCUCAUGCAGCUGUACCACACGGCCGCCGCCCUCGGCUAGACAUACCACCACUUAGCACUGCCUAGAUUAGAUGUAAUUUUCGAAACACCAAGUCGCCCUGAAACUUCUAGAAAUCGUUAAUAACUACAUAAUUAGAAUACUACGUUGAAAUAACUAUGAACAUGAUGAGAAAUGAAAACGGAACGAAUUUCUACAUACAUGAGAAAUUAACGAAAUCCAAGGACAAAAUGGUCGAGAAUAUUCAGCUGUUACAACGAUAACACGAAACGCCGUUCGCAAUUAAUUUGACGUCUAAGUGCUCUGAACAACGACCAAAUUGAACAGCGUGCAAAAGACAAGGCGAUUACGGGCUAAGAUUCGUUUUCAAAAAGUUGUUUAGGGAUGGAAAUUGGAAGAUGAGGAGGUAUUGUAGAUGAUACCAAAGUUGAGUGAAUUAACCAGUGAAAAGUGUUUGUUACCAUCAUAGAAUAGUGCAAAAGUGUUAUAGGCAAGAAAAUAUCAAGUGCAGUAAGUGGUUCGUGAAACUCGGACUCCGAAUUUAUCAGGCGACAGCAGUACUUAGAUAAAUUGUUUUAAGUUCAACAGCAAUUUGAAGAGAAGGAGCAUUGUCAAUAUUUCUUAGUAAGUGAAAGAAAAUUGCCUCAAAUAUGAUGCAAUUUUGCAUCGGAUUAUCUCUAUAGGCUUAAUGAUUACUUAAAUGUAAAGUUAUAUACUUGUUGUGUAAUGUUUUGCUUUUUGAGCUAAGAACUAUUUGACAGUGCUUAGUUUGAUGUUUUUGGUUUGACAUAGUUGUAAUUGUACCUCUUUUAUGACAUUUUAUACAAAUAAUGCAGAAACUUAGCUGGGAAACUAUCCAAAAAAAAAGCUAGUAAUCUUAGAUAACAGAAGUAGUUUGUUAGUCGAAUACGAAGGUCCAAUUCGGCAUAUGGUGUAGGUACGUAAGCGAUUUAUCGCUAAAGGCAUUUCAUUUACAUUUCAGUUCUAAGUAAACUUCCAUUCAAGUCUUUCGUUGACUUCUCUACUUCCUUUCUCACUCCAUUACCCUCAAAACCUCAUUUUUCGUAGCUUAGCUGUUUUAUUAUCAUUAUCAAGUUUUUAUAACAUUUUUAAUAACAGCUACAAUGUAGUUGUAUCAUGAGGAACUUUUAAAACUUUUUAUUUUAGUUUCAUCUGUCAUUUUGUCACCUUUUUUUUAAUUCUCUACAAUUUUAUAAGGCGCUUAUCCAUUGUCAAGUCACAAGUUAUGUAUUUAUAUUGCCAUUUAAUAUAAUUGUUG